AUGCCAGAUCUUGAUCUGCCACCUGUACCUUCUUCACCAUCUCUGAACCAGGGUGGAAUUGUACAAGACAUACAAAUGAACAAUGUGACAUCCCUACCCCUACCUCCACAAACAAGUGAAACAUACUUGGCCAGGAGGGUACUAUCCCGAUGCAUCGGAGGUAUUGAGGUGGUAGAUGAGGACCUUGACUGUCUUCGUGAUCCAAAGGAACAUGUUAAGGACACCAUUAUGAAUGCAUAUACUAUUCUGGUAUCUAGUAGAGAUACCAGCUUAUCUAAGGCAGGAUGUGUUGUCAUUAGUUCUUUGGUCCCCUACUUCAUACAAGGACACACUUCACUAGGAACAACUCUGGAAAACAUUGUUUCUUGGAUAACCAAAAAAAAGCUGCUAGCCUCCAAGCGCUGGGCUUUUCCUUUGUCUGGAGGAAGCCCCCUUCACUGGAUCCUAGGUUGGGUGGACUGGUCAACCCAUGACAUAGGUUUUUUUGAUGGUCUGGGAAUUUAUCCUGCCUGGGCUAGAAAGAUCACAGGUCUUGUGGGCUAUUUAUCUAAUCUGAGGGCCACCAAGACAUCUGUACUGAAAGCCAUAGAAAAAAUCAAGUUGGCUGUAGUGUCAAGCCGUUCUCAAAAAAGAAAAGACCAUAUUUCUUCAUCCACAAAUCAUUCUGAACCAUCAUCUUUAUCAUCUAAUGAUAUCCUUCGGAAUAAUCUUGCCAUGAAGUCCUCUAGGAGUGAAGAGGUUCAGAACCUUCAGGAGAUCAUAUUAAAUGCCAAAAACCUGAUUGUCAUUUGCGGUCCAGGUGUAUUGGUUUCUACUGAAUCUCCACCUCUGUUUGAUUCUUUUGAGUUACUGCAUCCUAUAAUCUGGCAGGAUCAGACACAGUCAUCAUUGGUGUUUCAGACCAUGAAGCACCUUCUAAAUCAGAAACCUACACAAAACUGGUUUUACCAGGCCAUGCACUCUCUGGAUAGGCGUGGUAAUCUUCUGCGCAUCUACACUCAAAAUAUUGACACUAGGGAAAGGACCACUGGAGGAUUAUCCUUUGGAGUCCCAAAGUCCAUAUAUGAACCAAAUUGCCCAAGAUGCAUUCCAUUGUUAGGACGUCUAGACCAGAUGUCUUGCACCCUCGGUCAUCAUGUGGUGCCAUCAGCCACUUUUCUAAAUCACUCUGCUUCAGAUGGGCUACCUAUAUGCACCAUCUGUGAAUCUUACACCAACUGUGGACACCAUGGUAUUUGCCGUCCAAAUAUAGUGGUAUCCAAGGAGGAACAGCCAGAUUUGAACAACAUUAUUGCUCAUGACAAGAGUCUUGUAGAUGUGGUUCUGGCUGUGGGUGUUUAA